UGGUAUUAUCGGCACUUAAAUCCUGAGAAAUUUUACUUUUGCUCUUGUACUUAUUGGUCAUAUGCUUUCUAGUAUUGGAAAUUCAUGCAAUUUUGGUGGUUUAAAUAAGCUAGCCAGAUUAACUAUACAUGUUAUUAUUUUAUGAGCUUAUUACUAUACUGUUGUAAAAUUUUCCUUCGUAAGGUUCAAAAGAUUGUGUAUUUAUCAUCUAAUCUAUUCAUAAGAUCACAUAAAUAACUGGUUGGGUUUCUCACUCUCUCCUCACAUGAACAUGGAUGCAUCUACAGACCCACAUCAGCAUCAUUAUCAUUACCACCGUUAUCAGCAACAUCAUCAUCAUUAUCAUCAAACACAAGUUGCAGCUGCUGCUUCUCCUGCAAUUCCAACUAGCUUCUUUCUAGCUCCUCAAAUGGAAACACAAGGUGGGGCCCUUUACUCCCAGUUGUCUGUAAUGCCACUGAAAUCUGAUGGCUCCCUUUGUAUCAUGGAAGCUCUUACAAGAUCACAACAAGGAGUGAUGCCAGCUUGCUCUCCCAAGCUUGAAGAUUUCUUGGGUGGUGCAACCAUGGGAGCUAACCAGUACGGAUCAAUUGACAGGGAAGCUCAUAGGCCUUCUUUAUUUGUGAAAUUGGAAGUUGGAAUUGAAAUUGAAAUGUGUACUAGAAAAGAAGGAAAAGAUUAUUGUGUGUGAAUCAUUGUCUUUUUCUUCUAUUUGUGUAAUUAUCUAGCAUAUAAUACAAGUAGAUUACAUA